AUGCUUGCAGUCUCUGAUUUCCCGCGCUUUGAUCAACUGCCUCUCUGCCAGGGUGACCCACCGUUCUCUGCCUGGGGACUAUGGAAAAGGCCCGAGUAUGGUUCGCUCAACUAUCUGACCGACAAGAGGCUGUUACAGGCUGCUCGGGAGGAGAUUCAAACUGGCGAAAGAGUCUCUCUCGACCUGCCUCUAGACUUGAUUGAUCCUCCUCUGCUAGGAAGAAGAGGUUUUAAAAGAGAGAUUGUCAACAAGGCUCCUCGGGUUAUUAAUGACGACGUUAUCACGUUCAAUACCCAGGGAAGCUCCCAGUGGGACAGCUUUCGCCACUUUGCGUACCAAAAGCACGGGAAAUUCUAUAAUGGGGUCACCCAAGGAGACAUCCAUGAGGAUCUAUCAAGCACUGUUGGCUCCUCAUCCCAUUGGUCAAAGGGACUUGGUGGCAUCGCAGGUAGAGGCGUCUUGGUCGACUACGCCAGCUGGGCCGGUGAAAAUGGGGUUAAAUAUGACCCUCUGAGCACACAGCAUAUCCCACUCGAUGCAGUAAAACUUAUUGCUCGUGAGAAAGGAGUCGAGUUUCGGCAGGGCGACAUCUUGUUCCUGCGAACAGGGUUCGUCAAGGGAUACCGUCAGCUGAACAAGGCGCAACGAGAGGAGCAAUCGAAGGUCCCCGAGUUCCCCGGCCUUGGACAAUCUCGAGAAACAGUCGAGUGGCUGUGGGAGCGGCAGUUUGCUGCAGUCACAUCUGAUAGUCCGGCCUUCGAAAGCAUUCCUCCGGCUGAUCCAGAAUACAUGCUGCACCCUAUUCUUCUUUCUGGAUGGGGGACUCCAAUCGGAGAGCUGUUCGAUCUCGACGACCUGGCUGAACGGUGUGCGCAGUUGAAUCGCUGGUCAUUUUUUAUCACAUCUGCCCCGUUGAACUACACGGGGGCUGUUGCCACGCCGCCAAAUGCCAUUGCCAUCUUCUGA